AUGGUGCAGACAUCUCGUAUUUUAGGAGUGCCAUUGGUAGUGACUGAACAAAACCCAAAUGGUUUAGGUCGCACUGUAUCCGAAUUGGAUGUCAAGCAUGCUGUUGGAGUUUAUCCAAAAACACGAUUUAGUAUGUUGACUCCUGAAGUGUCAUCUGUAAUAGAUGCACUCUGUGGAGGUCAUCUUCAAUGUGUUGUUUUGUUUGGAGUUGAGGCUCAUGUUUGUGUGGAGCAAACUGCUGCUGAACUCACAGCAAGAGGCUUGCAAGUACAUGUGGUGGCAGAUGCUUGCACUUCUCGUUCCCAGGAAGAUCGCCUUUUGGCUUUCCAGAGACUGAAACAGAUUGGGUGUUUCAUCACCACAUCAGAAACUGUAAUAUUCAAGCUUCUUGGAGACAAGGAACAUCCACACUUUGCUGACAUUAGGCCCUUGAUCAAAACAACGUCCCCGAAUACAGGACUUGCUACUUUGUCAAAAAUGUAAAUGAUGUGUAUGCAGUCUAUUGUUUUACGUUUUAUUACCAUUUGGAGCACACUUGAAAAUGAGAAGUGAUCAUAGAAACACAAUCUAUCUUUCAAACUAUUUUAACAUAUAACAUUCCAAAUUUUAAUAGCUUUUGAAGUUACUACUUAAAGCAGAGUAAUUUUGUAUAAAACUAAGAAAUACUACCUUUUAACUGGUUCAUUAAUAAUCCUUUAUGUGCUUUCAAUGUCUGAAUUUCAAUUGAUAUUUAGUUUUGAAAAAGACUGAUCUACUUUUUUACAUUGUGAUAAUGAAACAUACCUGGUGAUUCUCAUGCAUAAUGUUGUUUCCAGGCUAUUGUAUUUCCUUUUAAAGUAAAUUUGUUCAUUCAUUAAGUGAAAGCACUUCACUUGAAGUUGAUGACCUGAAAGUUGAAAGAUGUAACAUCUUAUUAGACGAAACAUUCUUGUUGUGGCAUGCGAGAUGUAUGAUGUAUUCCUGUAAAUAGCCUAAACAGUUUUGUAAUUUGUAUUAUCUUUUACUAUUUAUUGGAAAAUAGUGGAAAUCAAUAUUUUAUAAAUUAUUAAAUGCUAUGUGUAAUACACAAGUGUGUGUGUAUAUUAUGUAUGUAUACACAUUUAUACACACACACACAUAUAUAUAAUGUGUGUGUGUGUGUGUAUGUAUAUAUAUAUAUAUACAUACACAUUUAUACACGUACAAACAGG